AUGAGGGUGAUCGAGUCACUUGGUGGGAGUGUGUCGAUGUUCAUCAAGACUUUCUCCAGAAUCCUCACCCGCGCCAUCAUGUCUAUGACUGCUACUUCCACCACGACGCGCUCGCUGUCCGUCCUCGCCGAUUAUGAGGUCCAUCACAGCGGUUCUGAGCAGAGUACUGGCUCUGCUGUGCCGGUGAAUUCGGAUCAGCCUGCUGAUUGGCCUACUCAUCAUCGUCGUAUGCCGACGUAUCGUCCUGCCAAUUCACGACUUGACCUGGGGGAACGGCCCGCCGGUAAUGGGCACCCUGCAGAGUACGCUUUCAUUCAGAUCAUGUUGCAUGGUGUAUGGAUAAAUGCGUCUGUUGCCCGUCUGUGGCGGUUUACUGGUGGAAGGAUCAACGACAAGAUCUUCCAUUACGAAGUUGGCGGAGAGUGGUAG